GUUUUGAGGACUGCCCGUGUGAAAGGCGCGCCAUUCAGCACGCCCUUCUGCCCACUACCAACGUCUUUUCGCGUUUCCCCCUCGUCCAGCCGCACUCCCCCCUUAUUUCCCCCUUCCUCCUUCAACAACGAGCGAUGGGCAGCAUUUGGUGCUGCAACCUGUGCCAACAGAACAAGGAGUCGACCGAUGAGGAGGUCCGCAUCCGCAAGAGCGUCGAGGAGAAAAUCGCCAUGGAGCUCAUCGGCAAUGAGGUCCACCGCAACCCUUCGCAGAACUACCUGCACGGCCUCCUCAACUCCAUGCAGGCCGACUCACGGUUCGGCGCUGGCACGGCAAGCGAGAAGGCGGGCCACGUCAAGCACGCCACCCCCCGACAGGCGGAGCUGCGCACCCAAAUUCAGCUGCCGCCAUCGGACCUCCCCUAUCCCCUCCCGCCCGUCGGCUUUCCCACCAACAACCUCUCGGACAGCGAGCAGCGGUACCUGCUCAUCGAAAUGUACCGCGACUUCAUCGUCGAGCUCUACAGAGGGGUGUACGUCACCCAGCUGACCAGCGCCCGGGACUACUCUGAGAUCCACUGCCAGCUGAAGGACGACCUCACGACACUGACGCUUGACCAGAACACCGGUCGGCUGAUUGAGUUUCCCCUCAAGAGCGCCACACGCGUGUACCAGAUCUGGCGUCGCGACGGGCGGACCCACGAGCUGACGCACCGGACGCUGAGCGAGCGGCGGCACGACCUGAUGGACGGCUCCCGGCCGCAGGACUUCAUCGUCAUUGUCGAGUUCCUCAAGAGGAAACUCGCCUUCGUCUUCCGGGACACCAAACAGGCCGAUCGAUUCCUCGUCUGCAUGGAGCUGCUCAUUCAAGAGGUCAGCCUGCAAGACGGGACAGAGAGGGACGGAGGGAGGCAGUCGUGUGUGUAUGGAUGGUGUGGUUGGUGGUGUGUGUUGUGUUGUGUGCAGGCGCGUCAGCCCAAGCCCUUUGGGUAUCUGUUCGGCACCCCCGGCACCUCCAAGGUCUCCUCUCGCGUGCCCACGGCCCGACACAGCCCGACGGUCGGUCUCACGCCAAGAUGAGCCUGCCCAUGAGCCAUCCAACCCACUCACCCACUCGCUUCAUGCGUGCCCCCUCAUUCACACACAAAUGACUAGAUUGACUGACUCACCGUUUUCUAUAGCCAGCCGCAAGUAAUCGCAAACAAGCCAGACGAUGUGUCCGGCCGUUUUGUAAUUCCCGAGAGAGACCGAUCGCUGCGUGAGUGGGUGUGUGUGUUUUCUUACCUGCGUGAGUGGUUGGUUUUAUUUGUCAUUUGGGCGUGGCGUGUGAGAGAGGGGGAAGCGGAGCGGACGACCUGCCGUGCCGUGCUUUAGUGAGUGCCGUCUCCCUCCCUCUCUGUCUAUCUGCAUACACAUCCAUUAGUGUGAGGGCGUGUGCGGCGCGAUGUGGAUGGAUGGAUGGAUGGACGUGCGGCCGUAUUAAGCAAGCGCCUGGUGAGUGACGGGCCUGUUUGUCUGAGAGAGGUGUGUGAGUGUGUGUGGAUGGCCCAGUCGAAUGUGGCCAUCUGUCUAAUGAACGACGACUUAGUGAGGCCUUUCCUUUCCUUCCUUUCUCUCUCUGUUGGCCGUGGGUGGGUGGGUGGAUGGCUGCAUAUUCGUGUGAGUGUUUUAUAAACCAGUAUAUAAUGUAUGUGAUGCUUUGACACUGACACUGUCAUGUAUGUGUGUAAUUGCAUGUGGUUGAUUGAAUGAAUCACACCCUCGUCU